GCGCGCAGGCGCACGGCGUGCCCGCGCCUCCAACAUGGCUGAGGUGGUGCCGUUCCUCCUGCGGCGGGCGCUGAGCGGAGGAUGCUGAGCCUGCCCCGAGCCGCCGCCGCAGCCGCUGGGGUGGUGAGGCCGAGGCGCGCCCCGCGCAGCCAUGGCCAGGCUGGCCGACUACUUCAUCGUGGUGGGCUAUGACCACGAGAAGACAGCAGGACCAACAGAAGGUUUGGGGAAAAUCAUACAAAGAUUUCCCCAGAAGGACUGGGAAGACACUCCUUUUCCACAGGGAAUAGAGUUGUUUUGCCAGCCUGGAGGAUGGCAGCUCUCCAAGGAGAGGAAACAGCCAACAUUCUUCGUGGUGGUUUUGACUGACAUUGACUCAGAGAGGCACUACUGCUCCUGCCUGACUUUCUAUGAGGCAGAGAUUAACCUGCAGGGAACAAAAGAAGUUGAAGGUGAAGAGGAGUCUGGUUUAAUUCAGCCUGCAGAAGUGUUUGCUCCUAAAAGUCUGGUGCUGGUGUCCAGAUUGGAUUAUCCAGAAAUUUUCAGGGCUUGCCUUGGUUUGAUCUACACCGUGUAUGUGGACAGCCUGAAUGUGUCACUGGAGACUCUCAUUGCAAAUCUCUGUUCAUGCCUGGUCCCUGCUUCUGGAGGCUCUCAGAAAUUGUUUUCUUUGGGAGCUGGAGACCGACAGCUGAUACAGACUCCUCUACAUGACAGCCUUCCUGUUACAGGCACCAGUGUGGCUCUUCUCUUUCAGCAACUGGGAAUUCAAAAUGUGCUCAGCUUAUUCUGUGCCGUGCUUACAGAAAAUAAGGUUCUCUUCCACUCAGCAAGUUUUCAAAGGCUCAGUGAUGCCUGUAGGGCUCUGGAGUCUUUGAUGUUUCCCCUCAAAUACAGUUACCCCUAUAUCCCAAUUCUCCCUGCCCAGCUGCUGGAGGUUCUCAGCUCCCCCACGCCGUUCAUCAUUGGGGUGCACUCUGUCUUCCGCAAUGACAUCCACGAGCUGUUAGAUGUAAUCAUAGCAGACCUGGAUGGAGGAACAAUUAAAAUUCCUGAAUGUAUUCAUCUGUCCCAGCUGCCAGAGCCACUGCUACACCAGACUCAAAUGGCACUUUCUCUGGUUUUGCAUCCUGAUUUGGAAACAGCAGAUUAUGCAUUCCCUCCCCCACGAACAGCUUUAUCACACUCAAAAAUGCUGGACAAAGAAGUGCGAGCAAUCUUCCUGAGGCUCUUUGCACAGCUCUUCCAAGGAUACAGGUCCUGUCUUCAGCUGAUCAGAAUUCAUGCUGAACCUGUCAUUCACUUCCACAAGGCAGCCUUCUUGGGCCAGCGAGGCUUAAUUGAGAAUGACUUUCUAACCAAAGUGCUCAAUGGAAUGGCAUUUGCUGGCUUUGUGUCAGAGAGGGGUCCUCCCUUCAGAACCUGUGAUCUUUUUGAUGAGUUGGUGGCCUUUGAAGUCGAAAGAAUUAAAGCUGAAGAGGGCAAUCCACCAAAAAUGAUAAAGCAUGUUCGAGAACUUGCAGAACAGCUCUUCAAAAAUGAGAACCCCAACCCGCACAUGGCGUUCCAGAAGGUGCCGCGGCCCACGGAGGGCUCGCACCUGCGCGUGCACAUCCUGCCCUUCCCGCGCAUCAACGAGGGCCGCGUGCAGGAGCUGCUGCAGGAGGGGCUGGCCAGGGCCCAGGGGGCACCCCCUGCCACCCGCGGCGACAAGAAGUGCGUGGUGCCAGCAGGUCCCCCCGUGGUUUCCAUAAUGGAAAAAGGAAGCACAGUUUUCAACAGUGCUCAAAGGCUGGAAGUUGUUAGAAACUGCAUCUCGUUCAUUUUUGAAAACAAAUUUCUGGAGACUGAAAAGACCCUGCCUGCAGCUCUGAGAGCCCUGAAGGGCAAGGCAGCUCGGCACUGCCUGACACAGGAGCUGGGCCAGCACGUCAAGGAGAACCGAGCCAUCCUGGACCACCAGCAGUUCGACUACAUCGUGAGAAUGAUGAACUGUGCUCUGCAGGAUUGUUCAUCUUCAGAAGAAUACAGCAUUGCUGCUGCAUUGCUGCCCCUGACAACUGCCUUCUAUAGGAAAUUAGCACCUGGGGUUAGUCAGUUUGCUUACACCUGUGUACAAGACCAUCCUAUCUGGACUAACCAGCAGUUUUGGGAAACAACCUUCUAUAGCAAUGUGCAGAAUCAAGUUCGCUCCCUCUACCUUACAGCCAAUGACAACCAUGCAGUGCACUUGAAACAAAAGGAGAAACCUCCUGCAGACCAGGAGAAGACAGCAAUGGACCUGGCUGCUGAGCAGCUGAGGUUGUGGCCAACCCUUAAUAAACAGACCCAGCAGGAGCUGGUUCAGAAUGAGGAAAGCACAGUGUUCAGCCAGGCCAUUCAUUUUGCCAACCUCAUGGUCUACCUGCUGGUGCCACUGGACACAAGUAAGAACAAGCUGCUGAGGACAUCGGCCACCGGGGACUGGGAGAGCGGGAGCAACAGCAUUGUCACAAACAGCAUUGCAGGCAGUGUUGCAGAGAGUUAUGACACUGAGAGUGGGUUUGAGGACUCAGAGAACAAUGAUGUUGCAAAUGCUGUCGUGCGCUUCAUCACCAGAUUUAUUGACAAGGUUUGCACAGAAAGUGGGGUCACACAGGAUCACAUCAAGGGUCUGCACUGCAUGAUACCAGGCAUUGUAGCAAUGCACAUAGAGACUCUGGAGGCUGUACACAGGGAGAGUAGGAGGCUUCCACCAAUACAGAAGCCCAAAAUUCUACGGCCAACUUUACUGCCGGGAGAAGAAUUUGUUUGUGAAGGUCUCCGUGUGCUGCUGGAUCCUGAUGGCAGAGAGGAAGCCACAGGGGGACUGCUUGGAGGCCCUCAUAUCCUCCCUGCUGAAGGAGCUUUGUUCCUUACCACUUACAGAAUUAUAUUUAAAGGCACUCCUCAUGAUCAGCUGGUUGGGGAGCAGACCGUGAUCCGGAGCUUUCCUAUCGCCUCCAUGACCAAGGAGAAGAAGAUCAGCAUCCAGAACCAGCUGCAGCAGAGCAUGCAGGAAGGGCUGCAGAUCAGUUCAGCCACUUUUCAGUUAAUUAAAGUAGCAUUUGAUGAAGAAGUCAGUCCUGAAGUGGUGGAAAUAUUUAAGAAGCAGCUGGUGAAGUUCCGUUACCCUCAGUCCAUCUUCAGCACUUUUGCCUUUGCAGCUGGGCAAACAGCACCACAGAUAAUUCUCCCAAAGCAGAAAGAAAAGAACACUUCAUUCCGUACCUUCUCCAAAAGCAUUGUGAAGGGAGCAAAACGUGCUGGGAAGAUGACAAUUGGGCGCCAGUACUUACUGAAGAAGAAAACAGGAACCAUAGUGGAGGAGAGAGGGAACAGGCCUGGCUGGAAUGAAGAGGAUGAUAUCUCUGUUUCAGAUGACAGUGAGCUGCACACCAGUGGUACCCUGAAAGCAUCAGAGAAAUCAACCAUGGAGCAGUUGGUGGAAAGAGCCUGCUUCAGGGACUACCAGCGUCUGGGGCUGGGCACCAUCAGCACCAACUCCUCUCGCUCCAAAACAGAGUACUUGAGAAUAACUGCACUGAACAGGAUGUAUUCCCUUUGCAGGAGCUAUCCUGGGCUGCUGGUGGUGCCUCAGUCUGUCCAGGACAGCAGCCUGCAGAGAGUGGCUCGCUGCUACCGCCACAACCGCCUGCCCGUGGUCUGCUGGAAGAACACCAAAAGCAGCACUCUGCUCCUCAGGGCUGGGGGCUUCCAUGGCAAAAGUGUGGUGGGCCUCUUCAAAUCCCAGAACACACAUCCCACGGCCCCCACUUCUCUGGAAUCCUCAAGCAGUAUAGAGCAGGAGAAGUACCUCCAAGCCUUGCUGAACGUGAUCUCCGUCCACUGCAAAAGGAAUGGCAGUAACACCCUCACUGUCAGCCCAACCAUUGCCCUGUCUCCAGGCACUGAAACGAGGGCUUCAAGAAUGUCCACUGUGUUUAAGCAGGUAGUGCCAGGACAUUUGGAUGUAAAUCUAUCCAAUAGCUUUGCUCGAGGAGGUGUAUGGGCGAGUCUUCGUUCAAGCAACCGAUUUAUCAACACUCAGACUCCAUUCAUUGAUGUUGGUGCCAGGCUUGCAGGGAAGGAUAACACCCCUCCCUACAGCAGCAGCUCCUUUCUGCAAAGUCAGCUGCUCAGAAGACAAGCAGCCCUCUAUAUAUUUGGAGAAAAAUCUCAGUUACGGGGGUUCAAACUAGAUUUUGCUUUGAAUUGUGAAUUUGUUCCUGUUGAAUUCAGUGACAUCCGGCAGACGAAGGCGAGCUUUAAGAAGCUGAUGAGAGCUUGUGUUCCCAGCACUAUUCCCACUGACUCUGAGGCAACAUUCCUCAAAGCUCUUGGGGAGUCUGAGUGGUUCCCACAGCUUCACAGGAUAAUGCAACUGGGUGUGAUCAUCUCUGAGCUCCUGGAAAAUGGUUCUUCUGUAAUGGUUUGUUUGGAAGAUGGCUGGGAUAUUACUGCUCAAGUGGUGUCUCUGGUGCAGCUGCUCAGUGACCCCUUCUACAGGACCCUGGAAGGGUUCCGCAUGCUGGUGGAGAAGGAGUGGCUCUCCUUUGGCCACAAGUUCAGCCAGCGCAGCAAUCUCACCCUCAACUGCCAGGGCAGUGGGUUUGCUCCUGUCUUCUUACAGUUCUUAGACUGUGUGCAUCAGAUUCAUAACCAAUACCCGACAGAGUUUGAGUUCAAUCAAUAUUAUCUGAAGUUUCUGGCUUUUCAUCACAUAUCAAAUCGAUUUAAAACAUUUCUUCUGGAUUCAGAUUAUGAGAGACUAGAGCAUGGGACAUUGUUUGAAGAUAAAGGAGACAAACAUGCCAAGAAAGGAAUUUGCAUUUGGGAAUGUAUUGAAAAGAUGCACAAAAGGAGCCCUAUUUUCUUCAAUUACCUCUAUGCCCCUGCUGAAAUUGAGGCACUGAAGCCAAAUGUAAAUAUGUCCAGCCUCAAAAAGUGGGAUUAUUAUGUAGAAGAGAUUUUGGCUACAGGUCCUUCCUAUGAUUGGACCAUGGUACCUGCAAAAUGCAGUGUCUCAGAAGAAAAUGACCAAGCAGAUGGUUCAGUCUCUCAGACUAAGAGGAAAAUAGUGUGGCCAUGUUAUGAUGAUGUGAAAAAAAUCCAGCCUGAUGCCAUCACCAGCCUUUUAAAUGAAAUCGAGAGGUUGGAAAGUAAAUUAAAUCAGAGCCCAGAGAGGUGGCAGCUCUUGUGGGAAAGGGUCAAAAUGAAUCUCAAGGAUGACACCAGACAAGACAAUCUCCGGAGACAUCCUUCUGGCUCCUCAGGCAUGAUGUCACCUAAUCUGCAUUCCUAUCAGAAGAGGUCUUUGUUGGAAAUACCUGACAGUGGCCUGGGGGAGGAGCAGAGUUCAAGCAUCUCUCCCUCCAAUGGAGUAGACAGAAGAACAACCACGCUGUACAAUCAUUUCACAUCAAAGAAUGAUGAAAAUAGAUCUUUUGAAGGUACGCUGUACAAAAGAGGAGCUUUGCUGAAAGGUUGGAAACCUCGCUGGUUUGUGCUGGAUGUGACAAAACACCAGCUGCGCUAUUACGACUCUGGGGAGGACACGAGCUGUAAGGGACACAUAGACCUGGCAGAAGUGGAGACUGUGAUUCCUGCUUCUCCAACCAUUGGAGCUCCAAAACAUGCCAGUGAAAAGGCAUUUUUUGAUCUGAAGACAAAUAAACGUGUGUACAACUUUUGUGCCCAAGAUGCACAGAGUGCUCAGCAAUGGAUGGACAGGAUCCAGAGUUGCAUUUCAGAUGCAUAGAAAGGAGAAAAAUGUUCCAUGAUAAAGUCCCAUUUAAAGCACCUCAUCCUGGAAGAAACUGAGUUCUGGAAUGUUACUGACACACAACCCGCCUUCCUUACAUUUCAGCCAUUAAAGUUCAUCAGAAGUUCUUUUCUGUUUAAUAAUUAUAACCACUGUAACUGCUAUUUUUUUUUCUGCAGGGAGGACUUGAAAAAAAUAAUAAUCCAUUUAUCCUGAAUUACAUCUUUCUUCAGUACAAUUCCUAGCUAGAAAAGUGGGCUGUAUUUGCACUAGCAUCUGAUCCCGGUUUUCUCAUUUCAGAGCUAUUCUGUUAGGAAAUAUGUCCAAAGGAAAGUGUAGAAAUUUUCCCUUCUACAAGAAGUGUAUUUCCACUUUAUUUAGAUUUUUAAGCAGAAUGUUCUUUUUUCCAGGCUAGUCAUGAAUAAGAGGGAACAUGUCUACAAUUCCUAAAACCAGAUAAAUCAAUGAAGCUUGUGAGUCCAGUGACAUACACACCAGGUUGCCAACGUUUAUAGACAGUAGAUAUUUUUAAAGACCAAAAAAAGUGAAAUUGCCUGAUGCCAGAUUUUCAAGUGUCUUCUCAGUGUGCAGGUCAUUCUCUAAUCUUGUGCUCUGCUGAGUGCUUCUGCAGUGUUGUUAUGGAAUUUCAGAAUCUAGGGAUUACCUGAAGACCAUAGAUAGCACUUUUAUUUUCAGUUCUGUUUGCAAUUCCAAUGGGAUAAACGAAAGAAAACUGGCUGACACUACCCUGGAGCAAUGGAAAAAACAACCAACCAGGAAUUCAGUGGAUGAAGGAUCUCUUGUGUGUGAGUUGUAUGUGUUAAUUUAUAUGCUGUUCUGCUCACUGUAAAAUAAAGAAUAACAAACAUGAUAAUGCACUAAACAAUGAAGCAAGCACUUGCACUGAAAUCUUUACAAUGCAGACAUUUUGCAGGAGAGGUAAGUUAUUUGUAGCAGAACAAAACAAAACUAGCUAGUUAACAGCAUUUACAGAGAUUAGAUAUGUACAUAAUGAAGUUUGAGGUGUCGUGAUUUGAUAUUUUUUAAACAUUUUUUUGCACAUUAAUUGGAGGACUGUUUAUAGAUUUUUACUUUUGAUGAACUUGUGUUUGUUCUGCUUAAAAUCCUGGUGAAACAUUUUUAAUAGCCCCAAAUUAGUUGAAAUUUUACAGUAUACAAACAAUGAGGACUUUGAGUAGAAUAUGUAGGUAAUUAAGCCAAUGUUUUUACUUUGAAAUGUUAAUAUGUUAAAUAGCACACUAAUAUUACAAAAGGUCUGUAAAUAUGAUUCACUAUUUUCUCAUUUUUCCAGACGUUCUGCUUGUAAUUUAAUGUCAGCCUAACCAAACUGACUAUACUUACAAGAUUUUUCAGUUAUUAAACUUUGUGGGUUUUUUUAUAACUAAUGUAUUUUGUCAGAAAGGAACAUAGAUUUCUCACCACACACAAUAGGAAAUGCAGCUGUUUUUAAUGCAAUUGCAAUUUCAAAACAAAAGUAUGAAGGAUUUUUCUAGCAUUUUUCAAUUGACAAAUUUCCACCUGUGACAAUGGUGUUUGCACAUUUGUAUUUUUCUUUGUAUAUGAAGUACUUUUAUAUGUACUUUGUAAAAUACUGAUCCUGUUCUUAGGUUAUAUGAGGAUAUACAUACCACUGCUUAUUUUGUAACUGGGCAAUUUUAAUGCUUGUAUGUUAUGUGAUAUAUGUAUGCUAACCAUCUUGUAAUAAAUACACUCCCUAAGGAAAAGUAAAAACUUUCCUUUUACUGUAAAAGAGAAAAAAAGCAAGACCCACCUGUUGAAAUAUUCCACAAGGGCACAAGACAAAUCCUUAUUUACUCUGUAUUAAGAACAGUGGGUGUAUUCAAGGCUUCUUUUGUAUACUUGUAAAUAUUCUGACCUAAAAGUUGCACUUGGGCAUCCCUAACUCGAACACUUGUCAGCAGUAACACUAAAGAAAUCAGAGUUUAAAGCAAAAUUAUCAUUCUAACAAGUCUCAAUGUAUAGCCUUUACCAAAAGGCUAAAUACACCUAAUGUUCCUACUGAAGUCAUUGAAUACUGAUGUUAAAUAUAUUUUUUAGAAAAAAAAAUUCUGUGCGGUAUCACCAACAUGAGUCGACUGCAUACUUUCACCCUGAGACCUGUUCACUCAUAUCACCUCAUGCAAAAAUGAUCUAGUUCCUAGAAAAGAAACUACCCAAAAAAAUGGCAAGGUCUGACUUGAGGCUGUGCAUGUAAAUGGAAUUCCUGAGCGUGGUGUGGGCCAGCAGAGUCCAAAGGGAAAGGGAACGUGUGCCGGAGGUGGGGACCCGUGGCAGAUCUGGUGCUGUGGUGCUUGGAGGACGUGGUGUGCAUAGUGAGCUUGGCACGGAUGCUAAUGUUGCCUUAAAUGUUGAUCUCAGUUUUUAGUGUCUGUAUUGAUGGAAAAUGGACUUGAGCAACUUAACUUAAAAGUACCCAAAAUAAAAGCUGAAAUGAGA